AUGAGUCGUCGCUCCAUGCACAUCCAGAAGCAUGAGUGCUCUUCUUGCGGCUACCCUUCUGCCAAGACCCGAAAGUACAACUGGGGUGAGAAGGCCAAGCGAAGAAAGACCGUCGGCACCGGCCGCUGCCGCUACCUCAAGGAUGUGUCUCGCCGAUUCAAGAACGGCUUCCAGUCUGGUACGCCCAAGGGCGCUCGUGGCCCCAAGUCGGAGUAA